AUGCAGUUCAUGAAGACUCUCCUCCUCACCAUGGUUGGUGCUGUCAUGGCCCUCCCUGCUCCCGGCGCCGACUCUGCCGAUGCCGCUCUUAAGAAGAAGUGCGACUGCGCUGCUUUCAAGAAGUGCAACCAGGGCUGCGGUGCCUUUAACAACGGCGCUGGCCAGGGUGGCGGUUUCUGCACCUCCGCUUGCUACAGCUCUUCUCACUGCGGCCAGAACCACGCUUGCUAA